ACUCUUUGACGCUUCGCUCACAGUCGAUUGGCGGUUCUCUCAGUAGCAGCUGAGAUUACAGUAAACAUUGUGCACGAGCAGGAAGAGUAUAGCCACAUACAAUACGUAAAUAUGUAGGUUUGUAUGUAGAUAUACUCAACUAUAGAACAAGAACUUGCAGAAGUGCUUACAAAUAUACAAACAGCUGUGAAUGCAACACAAAUCUAACCAUAUAUAUAUAUGCAGAUAUAUAACGGAAUAUUGGUUUUGACGGUGGACAGUCAGUCACUACUCUUAAAAUGCGUAACAUUCGAUUAAAUAUAGGAAAUUUUAGAGAGAUCGACGCAAUUGUAGUAUUGUAGUUUUUAAUUGUGUAAAAUUGCGAAAAUAAGAGAACCUUUUUUUUAAUUACUUAACAAUUCAAUUGUUUACCAACGUUAGACUUCAUUUAUUGUGUGCAUUUUGUUGUGAUUGUGAAAUAAAUAAAUGCAUUUACUAAGUGUCAUAUUAAUGGUCACAGCUCUGCUGUGUACCGCCAAUGUGCAGGCCUACCGCUUCUUGGGCAUUCUGCAUACCGGCGCCAGAUCGCAUCACAUCGUCGGCUCAUCGCUGUUCAAGGAGCUGGCGCGUAGAGGUCACCAGGUUACUGUCAUUUCACCAUUUCCACUAAAGAAGCCGCUGGAGAAUUAUGUCGACAUAGAAACACCUAGAAUAAAGGCAGUCAUGGAGAGCUCCGCAGCUUUUCUUCUGCAAAUUAGUGAGCGGAGUGUUAUAGAGAAUGUGCGGAAUUUCCAUGAAAUGGGUCUUAAUAUGUCGCGCACAUUUCUGGAAGAAGACAAUGUUAAAGCACUACUUGCUAGUAAUCAGACCUUCGAUGCAGUUAUUUGUGAAAUAUUUCUCUCUGAAGCGCUAUAUGGUCUAAGUGAACAUUACAAUGUGCCACUAAUAGGUUUAGGCACCUUUGGCGCACACCCCUGGAACACAGAUAUGGUCGGAUCACCCAGCCCCCCUUCAUACGUGGCAAGCGCUAUGUUGCCAUUCAAUGAUCGCAUGACGCUGUGGCAACGUGUGGGCAACUUUGCAUAUAAUAUAUUCGAACGUUUGUUGCUCGAUCUAUAUUAUUUGCCGAAACAAGCAGCGAUUUAUAGGGAAUUCUUUCCACGCAACAAGCGUGAUAUGUACGAGGUGCGUCGCAACGCUGCAUUAGUGCUGCUCAAUCAGCACGUGUCGCUCAGUUUUCCACGUCCAUAUGUCCAUAAUCAGAUCGAAGUUGGAGGCAUGCACAUUAAUCGAAAACGCUCACCACUACCUGUCGAUUUGGAACGAUUCAUCAAUGAAUCGAAACAUGGAGUCAUCUAUUUCUCAAUGGGAUCCUAUUUGCGUAGUAAGUUUUUGCCUUUAGAAAAACGUCAGGCAAUACUUGAAACAUUCCGUGGCUUAAAACAGCGUAUACUAUGGAAAUUCGAAGAUCCGCAACUCGAGGGCAAGCCGGAUAAUGUAUAUAUAAGUGAAUGGUUUCCACAGGACGAUAUUUUGGCACACCCGAAUGUGAAAUUCUUCAUUACACAUGGCGGUUUACUCAGCACCACAGAGUCCAUUUAUCAUGGCAAACCUUUUAUUGGCAUACCGAUCUUUGCUGAUCAGUUUCUCAAUAUGAAUCGCGCCGAAGCUGGCGGUUAUGGCAUAAGUAUGGACUACGCUAGUUUCACGAGAGAUAAAUUCAAAGCCGCCAUUGAACGUAUGUUGAAUGAUGACAGCUAUGCGAAGCGUGUUGCGGCUGUUUCAGCGAUUUAUCGCGAUCAGCCAAUCAAUCCGUUAGACUUGGCUGCCUAUUGGGUAGAAUAUGUGGUGAGACAUAAGGGAGCCAAGCACUUACAUUGCGUCGGACAGGAUUUGAGUUUCAUACAAUAUCAUAGUAUAGAUAGCAUGCUGAUCUUAUUUGGUGGUCUGUCUUUAGUAAUUCUGCUGACCAUGUUGCUGAUACGUUCAAUAUGGGGUUGGUUGCAAUUUGCGCUUGCGCGAAAAGAUAUUAAGGAGAAGACACAAUAAAAUGUGAGAAUUAUAUUAAGACGUUAGUUGUUAACUACUUAUUUGUACUCUCAGAUAUAUUACCUGAUUUAAUGAUAAUAUAUUUUAGUAAAUAAAACGAUUGCCGCGGUAAAGCUAUUGAA